UAAAAGCAGUUACACUUCAACUAUCAUUCCAAGUUAACCAUUUUGGCCAAUAUGAAGUUCUUGUCUUUGUUAGUAACUAUCUUUUUGAUCCUUACUCUGGCAGCUCAGCUGGAGGCUCGCAAGCGGUUCUACUGCCUUUGGAGCACGAAAAGGACUUGCUCCAAGAGCACUCCCAGCUGCAUCCGAUUGCAAACUUCAACGACUCCGACUUAUUCAUGCAAAUACUAUCGUAGUGAUUGCGAUUAUCUUCUGGAUAGUUGCAAGGGCGCGACAAUUUAUGGCCAACUUGGAUCACCAGUGAGUGUCCUGGAUAACUGUGUUAUGAAUAAUAUUGCAAUUGGAUCCAUAGGAGACUGCACAUGAAAGGGCUUUAUAUUUCUUAACUAUUUCAUUAUUUAUAAAUCAUUGCAAUGUAAAGUUUCUUAUAUUAAACUUUUUUCACUUCAUUUAAUUAAAAGUAAAGCAAAAUUUGUUCGAUUUCCGAAAUGUGUCAUUCAAACUCAACGAUGAUCGGUGGGGAAAUCAUUCAUUUAAACGGUUUUGUGUGCAACUCGUUUAGUUUUUAAUGGCCUUCAUAUCGCCAUGAUGUAUGCUUUAACAUUUUCCCUUUUUUUCGCUUUUCUUUUUUUUUUUUAAUUGCAUUCGCAUAAAUCGCACUACUUGGCAGCGAGGAAAAGCUGGGUGGAAAACGAGGGGAAAAUUAUGGUUAUGGCCACGCAGACAACCGAACAAGCAGACACACACACACACACAAACGCACACAUACGCGCGGACAAUGUAAAUUUAUGGAGCUUCGCUUUUUAGUUUGCAAUUUUUCGCAAUUUUCCA